AUGGCAGACACCAUUGCAACGUGUAACAAGGCCGGCGAUUUCAUCCCCUUCCCGAAAAUUUCCGGGAAAACAACGGACUUUCUCCUGAAUCUACACCGCCUGAAGGAUAGCCGAAAGCUCCACGAGUCAACGAUCGAACUCAAAGGUACUGUCAAGCUCCAUGGCAUGCACGCUGAUAUAGUCUUCGGCCUCAAAGACAGUACCGCGAAGCCAACAUUCCAGUCGCGAAACCGUGUUUGCGAUCCGGAAGAGUCCAUGCAAGGUUGGCCCCGAAACAUUGCCACUCGCUCCCUCGAGCUAUCUGCUUUGGUGACAAAUAUCCUCAACCGGUUUAAGGAUCGGAACCCUCUCAUCCCAGUGGACAACGACAAGCCGCUCAUUAUAGCAGGCGAAUGGAUCGGCCCGAAGGUGCAGCCAGGAGUUGGUGUAUCUCACAUCUCGGCUCGUUUCAUCAUCAUCGCGAUCCAGGUCAACGGCGUCUGGCAGCCGGAUGCCGACUAUGCGGAAAUCGAGGAACCAUCUGCUGCCAUCUACUCUAUCCUACGAGUUCCGCAGUAUGCCGUCCGGUUGGAUAUCUCGGAUCGAAGGCCUAACAAUCCAGCAUUGCUUGAGAUUCAGCAACUAUCAGACGAAGUUGAGAAGGCUUGCCCUUAUGCCGCACACUUUGGCAUUCACAAGAGUAAAGGAGAAGGAAUAGUCUGGAAACCCAACAUACCUGAAGGUCUUGCUGAUCCAAAAUACUGGCUAAAGACGAAGGGCCCAGCUUCUGGUCCCGAAAACCGUAUCAAUAAUCUUCUGACUGGUUCGAAUACGGAUAAGAUCGCAGCGACUGCAAAUGAGGCGGCGAGGAAAUGGCUCACUGAACGACGCAUCGAGCAAAGCUUCGAGUACAUCAGGGAGAUGGGCCAUGCGAACACUGCUCGGAGCGAGCGUGAAUUCAUCAAGUGGGCGACCAACGACAUUGUCAACGAAGAGAAGAGUACGAUAGCUGAGAUAAUGGAAUCGGAUCUCACUUUCGAGAAGCUGCUCAGGCAGGAGAUCUACUGCCGAGCCAGACAAGCCUUUCUGACUCGGCCCAAGAGGAAUAGGAAGACAAUCGGCCUCCCGAAGGCGUCUGCCUGGUACUGCAUCGACAACGUCCAGCCGCUUCCAAUGAUAUUUGGAAAGAACCCAGAGCAACUGCAGACCGCAAGCACAGCUGUUGCAGACGCUAUCGACAGAAUAGUGCCUCUACAGAUCGACCCGGCCGAGACUCCCCAGCAAGUACGGACUGCAAAUCCUCGAGUCACCCAUAAGACUCCCGAACCAGAAACUGUGGAUGCAGUAGGGGCGGAACAAGCGACGCUACCCGUCAAGGAGAUGACCAACGAAGAGCGCUUCCUGCAGGCUAUGGCGAACAUGGGUCUGAGCUGA